CGGUAUCAAAUCGGAGAGAGAGAGAGAGAUCACUUUCACUCAUACUUAUUCAUUCUUUUACAUGAUUUGUUUUGGCUUCUAUUUACCGAGACAAUGUUUGGCAGUGGUGAUGAGGAGAUGGAGAUGGAAACCCCCUGCAUGUGGCAUUACCUGGCAGACUGUGGAAGGUGGCACCCGUUUGAGAAUGACCCUGAUGACGAUAUGUUUAGUGGUGAGGAGCUGGAGCGGUAUUACAGUAGGAACCCAAAGGGAGUUGUAAACAGAACUUCAUCCAGUGGCAACAGUCGGGUGGAUUUUAAAGCAAUGUUACAAACGGACCCCAGAGGAAGGCAAAGAAGGAUCAAACGAGACUACGCCAUGGACAAGAGUUGCUCCUGUUUUACUGCUGCUCCAGUUUUCUGGGAAGCAGUUGAUCCUACAAUGCCAUGUCAGUUAGUCCCCUUGACCGAACUCACUCCUGAAUACAAGACUGUGGCAGGAUACGUGCUGAAAGAGGGUCUGCUGGACAAACCCAUUGUAUCCAUCAAAAGGAUCCAGAAUUUGGACCUCUGGGAAUUUUAUUGCACGAAAAAGAAACAGUUAAAGAGGAUUCACAAAGUCAAAGAUAUUGAAGAGAGAAGACUCUUUCAUGGGACUGAUGUGAAGAAAAUUGAGGCCAUUUGCAAAUACAACUUUGAUUUACGUUUCGCUAAAGACUCCUGUGCUUAUGGGAAAGGAAUAUAUUUUGCCAAAUAUGCCCCAUUGGCAGAUCAGUACAGCCGGAGCACCCGAGAUUUAGGGUCAGGUCAAACAUACUUCUAUAUGAUCUUGGCUCGGGUCAUGAUUGGAAAAUCCACUCAAGGCCAACAACGGAUGAAAAAACCAGAUGAAGGAAGUCUUGAAAAUCAACACCACAGCUGUGUGGAUAGUAUCAAUAAUCCCAACAUUUUUGUUAUAUUUGAUCCCAAUCAAAUAUAUCCAGAGUAUGUGAUUGAGUAUCAGAAGAAAGCCCUCUAAAAUAAAUAUAAACAUUUUAAAUUUCUAAUAUUAGCAGUUAUGUGUUAAGUUUUAAUUUGAUUUGAUUAUUUACAGUUCAAAUAAAAUCCUCUA